CUUAUUCUUCUUACUUAAGCAAAUACAUCUAAAUGAAGCAUAAUCUAAGUCCCAUAAGCUUAAAUUACACCAAAGAGAGGUCAGUAAAAUAUAUAGAAUUUAGGGAUGAUUUCUCGGAUGGGAAUGACAAGUAAGAUUUACUACAUUUGUUUAUUAAAUUUGCAACAUUUCUCUAACAAUGUUAUAUCAAAGAUUAGCUUCUCUUUUAAGAAUUUGGGAAUCCAUCAAAGUAGCAAUGUUGGAGUCGGAUUAUGAGGUGGUAUUUCAUCUUCUAGAUAAGAAUAGAUCCAAAUCGAUUUUCAUAAGCCAGUUCUCAACUACUUCAGGCACCAAUUCUAAGUUUAUCCUCUAUGUUAAGACUCUAAAACUAUUGAUUCAACAGCUAAAAUUGAAGUCCAACAAAACUACCAUUAGGGAUAUUUAUUACAAAGAUGUAGAAUUAUACAAUAAGAAUCAACUGAAUUGCAAAAAUAUUAUGGUACUGAUAGUUGAACAUUCUUUGAGUUGGUCUUUAAAAGAUGAUUUACUUAUUUCUGCCAGUCAAAAGGGUUUAUUGUAUGGAAAUGGUAUAAUUAUUAAUGGACAAAAAUUGGAUUACUCAGAAGAUCCAUUUCUAAUCCCAAUUGACUUCAAUAUCACUUAUGGUACCUGUGCUAAGUAUGAGAAAACUCUAAUAAUAGUUGUAUUUGAAAAAGAGGCUAUAUUCAAAUCGUUUUGUAAUUACAUAAAAAUUAAGGGGUCGUUAGAUUCUUUUGAAAAUUUAGUAGCGAUCACUGGGAAAGGCUUUCCUGAUUAUCUAACAAAAGAAUUCUAUCAAAAUCUAAUAAAUACUUGUUCAAAAAAGUUAAGAAUAGUUAACUUAGCUUUUGUUGAUUCAGAUGUUUUUGGUAUAAAUAUUAUGAAGAAUUAUCAUUCACCAAUCGAUUUAGUACAUGCUGGUGUACAUUUGCUAGAGUAUACUUAUGGCUGGUUAAAUAUAACUAAUCGAGACUUCCAACUACUUCAAAAUUUUCUUAUAAAUAAUGAAAGUUCUAAAUAUAGCAGAGAAUUAACUAGAGGUAUGCUACUUUUUAAGAAAUGUGAAAUGAAUUUACUACCAAAUGAUUCAAUUAAUGAAUACAUUAUUGAGAAGAUCGAGUUUUACAUGAAUCAUAAAUGAGUUUAUUAAAAACUUGGUACCUAAUAUGGCAUUUUGCCCAGUAAUUUUGUUCUAAAGAAACAAAUUAAUUGAAAUAUCUUACAAGACUUGGCUUGCUACAUUAAAAGAGUAUUGACUAUCUCAGAUAUUUGCAAUUUGAUCUCAUUUACACUACCUAUUCAUCUACACAUAAUUACACGUGACAUAAUCGACGCCAAGCACGACCCCACUCCGAAACUCAAUAAAACUUCUCUAUAACCAAGAUUUUUUCGGUUCUGAUUUGUCGAAAUUCAAUUUCACC